AUGGCACUCAAGGAGGAAGCUCUCCGCGACAAGUUCCGCGGGCUGAAGGCCACGCAGGACUCUAUCGAGCGGCUCUCGGCUCACUGCAUGUUCUUCAAGAACAAGCAUUCCGACGUCGUGAGGAUAUGGGACGAGGAGUUUGGGCGCUCUUCUCCGCAGGCGCAGGUCAGCCUGCUUUACCUGGCCAACGAUGUCAUACAGAAAGCGGCGGCCAAGAACUUGAAGGACUACUGCAGCAGCUUCUACGAGCCGCUGAUGCGCCGCACGCGUGGCCUUCUCAAGAGCGCGGACCCCGCAGUGCGAGCGAAAGUGCAGCGGACGGUCGACGUGUGGGUGAAGCGCCAGCUCUUCGGGAACUCGGGCACGCAGGCGCUGAUCAAGAUGCUCAAGGACACCAGCAUGCACCAGGCGCAGCCCAGGGCGGCACCGGCCGCGCCCACCCAGCGCGCCCCGACACACACACCUCCCGCUCCACCUGCAGCACCGCCCCCUGCGCCCGGGGAGGCGUUCCAGCGAGAGAUGGCCGCAGCCAGGGACGCGCCGCGGCCACCCGGGAGUCCGCACAAAUCUCUGAGCAUCGAGUGUGCCACUGCGGUGGACGUCAUGCGGCCGAUAGCCAGGGCGCUGGAGGACGUGUGCAAGCACGAACAACAAGCGGGGGCCGCGAAACGCAAAGCGGACGGCGCGUACCACGCCGCGCAGGUCAACGAAGCGCAUGAGGCGCUCAGGGAGGUGGAGGAGAGCUUGGAGGCGGAGCUGCGCGCGCGAGAGCGCGUGACAGCGCUGCUGCAGGGGCUGGGGGCGCUGAUGCAUCAGCGGGCACGGGAAAGCAGGGCGGAGCUGCAGAAGGUGCAGGCGGGCAGGGGCGGGCUGGAACAGCAGCAGCUAGACGCGUAUCCCGAAGAGUACGAGUUCGACGACGUGUAA